CGCGUUCGCAACAAUAGGCAGUUCUGCGAAGUCAAAGAAAGAUACCGAAAAGCAAGAACUCCCUUGCUUAACAAAAUGACAAAAACACCCUCCAUCCUUCUCCCCGGCUUACCCCUCAUCUUCCUCCUCCUCCUCGCUCUACCCUUCCAAGCGAAAUGCCAAACCCAAACACAAGAUCAACAACUCCAAAUCCUCCUCCAAAUCAAACGAGACUGGAAAGACCCUCCUUCUCUCAUCCACUGGACAAAUUCAUCCACCGUCCAUCACUGCAGCUGGAAAGAAGUCAUUUGCACCAACGGCUCUGUCACGGGGCUAUCUCUGGGGGAGAAAAAUCUCACUGUUGAAAUACCUCCAGCCAUCUGCUCCCUCCAAAACCUCACCUUUCUCAACCUCACAUGGAAUUUCAUACCCGGCCCUUUUCCCACUUCUCUCUACAACUGCAUCAAUCUCCGAUUCCUAGAUCUCUCCCAGAACUACUUCGUCGGAAUUCUCCCCUCCGACAUCGACCGCCUCUCUGCGUCCCUCGACUCCCUCUUUCUCUACGGCAACAACUUCUCGGGUCAGAUCCCGCCGUCGAUCGGCCGGUUGUCUUCCCUCAUCGAUCUCGAGCUCCACCAGAAUCUCUUCAACGGCUCUCUCCCUCCCGAAAUAGGCGAUCUCCCAAAUCUCGAAUAUCUUUACCUCGCGUAUCUCUCUGCCGCUCCUCCGAUGAGGAUUCCGACGGAGUUCGGGAAGUUGAAGAAGCUGAAAUUCCUGUGGAUCAGGCGAUCAAAUCUCGUUGGAGAUUUACCGAGUUCGCUGCUGAAUCUGACGGAUCUCGAGCAUCUUGAUCUUGCCGAGAAUGAUCUGACCGGAGAAAUCCCGAGGGAUCUGUUAAAGCUGAAGAAAUUGAAGUACGUGUAUCUGUUUGCUAACAAAUUCUCGGGAGAAAUUCCAAGACCGGUCGAAGCUUUGAACCUCACGGAGUUCGAUGUCUCCAUAAAUCAGCUAACGGGAACAAUACCGGAAGAUUUUGGAAAAUUGCAGAAGCUGCAGAUCCUGUUCUUGUAUUUCAAUCAAUUAUCUGGAGAAAUCCCAGUGAGCAUCGGACGGAUUCAGUCGCUGUCCGACAUCCGCAUCUAUAACAAUAGUUUCACGGGAGUUCUGCCGCCAGAUUUGGGAUUAUAUUCGAACCUGGAGAAUUUCGAGGUCUCGACUAAUAGGUUUUCUGGCGGAUUGCCCGAAAAUCUGUGCCGGGCGGGACUUCUGUACGGGCUGAUCGUUUUUGAGAACAAUCUGACCGGAAAUGUGCCGGAAUGGCUCGGGAAUUGCAGUAGCUUGAUGAGUGUGCAGCUCCACAAGAACAGAUUUUCCGGCGGGAUUCCAGCGGGGCUGUGGUCUUCGGAGAAUCUAGAGUCAUUGAGGAUCACCGAUAACUUAUUUUCCGGUAAUCUUCCAGAGAAAUUGGGGAAAAGUGUGUCCCGAAUCGAGAUAAGCAACAACCAGUUCUCGGGAGGAAUUCCGUCCAGGAUCUCCGACUCGGUGAAUCUGACGGUUUUCAAGGCGAGCAACAACCGAUUUUCUGGUUCGAUUCCCUCGAGCUUGACGGAGCUGACUGAGCUCCAGACGCUUCUACUCGACGGAAACAUGAUCUCCGGCGAGAUUCCGUCUCGGAUUGUCUCUUGGAAGUCUCUCAUCGUUCUGAAUCUCAGCAGAAACCAACUCACCGGAAAAAUCCCGUCAGCAAUCGGAUUGAUGCCUGUCCUCAACAGCCUCGACCUGUCGAGAAACUCACUUUCCGGCGAAAUUCCGCCGGAACUGGGCCAGCUGCGGCUCAGCGAUCUCAACCUUUCCUCCAACCGGCUAACCGGGAAGGUCCCCGGCCAGCUGGACAGCGCAGCGUACGAUACCAGCUUCUUAAACAAUCCUGGCCUGUGCGCAGCUAACCCCUCGCUAAUCCUCAGAUCGUGCGUCCUCGAAUCCAGAGAUUCCGGCAAAAUAUCGUCCCGAUUCCUCGCCGUGAUCCUAGUCAUCGCUGGGUUAGUCAGCCUGGCCGCUGGCCUGUUCUCGCUCUUCGUGAUACGAGACUACCAGAAGAGAAAGCACGACCGAGAUCUUGCCAUGUGGAAGCUGACCUCAUUCCAGCGGUUAGAUUUCACCGAGGUAAACGUCCUACACGGUCUGACAGAGAACAAUCUGAUAGGAAGCGGCGGAUCGGGGAAAGUUUACCGAAUUGCACUCGGAAACCGCUCGGGAGAAGUCGUUGCCGUUAAGAAGAUUUGGAACACUAGAAGCCUAGACGCGAAAUUAGAGAAGGAAUUCCAAUCCGAGAUUGAGAUUUUGGGAAGAGUUCGGCAUUCCAACAUCGUCAAAUUGCUCUGCUGCAUCUCGAGCGAGGAUUCGAAGCUGCUGGUCUACGAGUACAUGGAGAACGGUAGUUUAGACCGUUGGCUCCAUGGGAAGAGAAACGAGAGGUGGGCAACGGGCUCGAACCAAGUCGCUGAUGGGGGGCUUGAUUGGCCCACAAGGCUCCGCAUUGCGGUCGGAGCUGCUCAGGGGCUAUGCUACAUGCACCAUUCUUCUUCCCCGCCCAUCAUCCACCGCGACGUCAAGUCCAGCAACAUCUUGCUCGAUUCUGAUUUCAAAGCCAGGAUUGCUGAUUUCGGGCUGGCUAGGAUGCUGGUCAAGCACGGUGAGCCGGAGUCGGUUUCAGCCGUCGCUGGCUCUUUCGGGUACAUUGCUCCAGAGCACGCAUACACGACCAGAGUAAACGAGAAGUGCGAUGUCUACAGCUUUGGAGUGGUUCUGCUGGAGCUAGCUACGGGCAGGGAAGCCAGCAAUGGCAAUGGCCAAACCUGCCUUGCAGAGUGGGUGUGGCGUCAUUUCCAAGAUGGAAACUCCAUCGAAGAUGCCCUCGAUGAGGAGGUCAGAGAACCGGCUUACUUGGAGGAAAUGGGCACUGUCCUCAAGCUGGGACUCAUAUGCACCAGUACCUUACCUUCUACUAGGCCUUCGAUGAAGGAUGUGUUGCAGAUCCUCCUUCGAUACAGCCCAUUGCAAACCUUUGGAAGUAAGAAAGUCAAUAGCGAGUUCGACGUGGCCCCCCUCUUGCACGCUACUGAUCUCAUGUCAAGGAACAACAACAGUAACAAGAGAUCAUUGGAGGACGACAGCGAUGAUGAUGUAGCGUGCAACGUGUGAUGGCUACGCGUGUGUGGAACCGUGGCCAUUCAUAAGAAGGGGACACCGAUAAUAUGCUCUGACCAAAAAUUCAGGGGGCCAGGCAAGUUCGCUGGUCAGUUGGGCCAUGAACGGAAGGAGUAGAAACGCUCGGCUAGAAAAAUGGGGGCCCAAAAUGUACAUAUUCAGUGUUGACGUGAUGAUGAAUGGACCAACCUGAUUUUUGGGGGGCAGGUGAUGGUAUCGUGGGAGUGCACCAACUGAAUAAUGGGCGGGAUCUCAGACAAUUGUGCUGAGAAUAUAGUCUAGUGGACAGAGAAGUGUAAGCAUGUGAUGGCGUGAUUUCCAAGGAAUAAUGAGAUUAGCAAGAUGGUUCACAAUCA